AUGAUUUCGGGCUCCAUUGAUGAAACAAAGAUACGAGAGCAACCUGAAGAAGACGAGAAUCAAGUCAGCGAGCACGAGCAAGAGCGCAUAUGAGCUGACAACAGUCACCAUAUAAGGGAAGCUCGGCUUGAAGGGCCUGGUGCAGAGCGGAGCAAUGAUCUCGGCUUCAAAGUGCAGCAAACUUACAACGCCAGCUCCACUACAGAUUCGAUCUUUGUCAUUAAGCAAACGGUACAAAUUCCCUAUUCUAAAAAUGCCGGCGGGAAUGUAAUUCCGCAAAAUGUGUUUAUACCAUCUCCACAAAGCGGUGAAUCAGCUACUAUCACCCGGAAUAUAUUGUUACCUGUUCAUAACGAGAUCAACGCAAGUGACCUUACAAGAAAAGCUCAGAACCCUAAUCUUGAGUGUAAUCAGCUUUAUGAUCAUAGUGGAUCUAGCGACUCGAGUGAGCAACAAAAACUAAUACUCAAAAAUACUGCUGGUAACAUCGAUGAUGAUAUUGUAUUAAAAUCCGUAAACCCUGCAACGGAAGAAAAAUUCCCACGCGUUCGUGCCAUCAGCUCAAAGCCGUUCCAUCCUACAAAAAGAUUCCUUGAGUUCGCGUCGCUCAACAGCUCAAAACUCAAACUACUUAGCGUGUUUCUCAAUAAUCUCAUACCUUUUAGCAUGGUGGAAAAUCAAGGAUUUAAAGCACUUCAAACAGGAUCUGGUAUCAGCACGCUUCCUUCCAAAAGGGGUCUGAAUAGUUUUCUUGCGCAGUAUAAAACUGAAUUCAUUUUGCAUUUAAGGCAAAAUCUCCAGGAGUCCUCAAAAUUUAACCUUUUCAUAGCCAUGGGGACAUCCUUUAAUCAAAGUAGAUUUAUGACUGUGAUGGUAUCCUUCUGUUCUAACUUGAAGAGAAAUUUACAUUAGACCAAAGAUUCUGUAACCACAGGGGGAGGCCCAAUACGCAUGUUCUCGAUUUCAUCGACUUGAGCGAUGAAGAACGCACAAAUGUUAGCAUAAGAGAAAAGCUGAUAAGCUGCCUUUCCAAGCAUUCAAUUGCUGACAAAAUUGGCAGUAUCACCUUCGAGAAUGGCCGAGACAGCGUUGGUAUGAUUGAAGACUUGGUUGAAGGAAUAUUUAGCGGACUAGGAGCGGAUAAUAUUGUAAGUAUCGUCAAGGUAAGGAGCAUGAGUGAUGUUUUGAAUCGAGUGUUCUUUGAUAUACUUGAAGAUUUUGAGAGGCAUCAAAAAGAAUUGUUUCUAAGAAUCGACAGGCUCACCUACCUUAUGAGAAAUAACGUCACGAUCAGAAAUAAGAUGAGGUCUUAUGUCCCUUGCGCUAUUCCAAUGCACGACAUCGCAAAUACCGUCUCGCGUUAUUGUCAGCUAAUUGCUUUCGUGAAGGUAGCAAGAGGUGCUCACCGAUUUUUCUUAGAGAAUGGCUACAAAAAUGUGCCUCAGCUUUCGCCGGAGGAUGUUGAAGCAUUCUGCUAUAAGCAAGAGGGAAUUGAAUUCAUUUUAUUUUUCCUGCGGCUCACGCGAACUUUUUAUGAGUUCCACUUGAUGCUACAGGAUGACUCCAUGAAUUCUCUUCAUCAUGGCAUUAAGUAUUACACGCUGAUGAGCUAUUAUUUCGACUCUUGUGAGAACGUCCAAAAUGGUUCAACUGAUAUUAAGGAUCUGCAAAAUAUAGGACUUGAGUUAGCAGAUUUGAAUCCAAUUAAAGAAACAAAAAAAGAGGUUUUGAAUUCAACCGUUAGAGCGCGGCAAAAAUUCGAAACGUACCGUAAGAUUGCCUAUGAAGAACCUGGUUAUUGGACUGCGCACAUUUUGCAGCCGCACUGCAAGUCACAAUUGAUAACCAAUGUCUUUGAUGAGCUGUUUGAAAUUCACGUUCCGGGGCUGGCUGAUUAUGUCGCCCAGUAUGUUCGAAAGUUCGAAGAGGAUCUCGACUAUUGUUCGGAUGAUGAGCAGCCAAUUCCAGGGAAAUUCGAAAAAGGGCUGGGAAAGCAGUUCGAAGUUAUCAGAAACUUGUUACGGUGGGAUGAGCAAAAGCUAGCAAGCUCGGGCUCUGCAACGAAGGAUGAAUGGCAGGUCUAUUUGAACGAACCCUUGGACACUGAAAAUAGCUAGUUGGAGUACUGGCUGAAAAACCAAAACCGAUUCCCGGCUCUUUGCUCUUUAGCGCUUUCUUUCUGUUACACCAAAAUGUCGUCAGCCAACACUGAAAGAUGUUUUUCUGUGAGAAAGGCAGUUUUCGAAACUAGGUUUUCGCUCGCUCGCGAGAAUUUAAGACGAACUAUGGUUUUGAGAAACCGCAUUAAUCGCUUU